AUGUUAAGUGAUUUUAUUUAAUAAGAUUAAAUUAGAAAUUUAAAUUUGAAAGAAUCAGGUUAUGUUCGUUAAAAUCAAUUAAAAAAGCCUAAACAAUUGUUAUUUUAAAUAAUUUUGCCAAUCAUUUUGUGUUUUGUGCUAUUUAAUUAUUAUUAAUUAUUAAAUUAACCAUAAUUAAUAAAUUAGGAAAUUAAUUUAAAUGAAAUCAAUCAAGAUAAAGUUGUUAAUUUUAAUGAAUCAUCUGAAUUAUUAAAUUAAACAUAAAAAGAUAGUGAAAUAUAAAUAAAUUAAAUUAAUUAAGAGAAAGAAUAAGAAAAUGAUUUAGAGAAAAAAUAAUAUAAAGAAUAAGAAAAUUUGAAAGACAACGAGAUAAUAAAUAACAAACAUCUUAAUUCAAAUGAAUCAGAUAAAAUAUUUAAUUAUCAAUUGAUUAAUUCUAUUUUUUAUGUUGAUAUGUGUUAUGCUUUUGCAUUUAAUAAAGAAGCAUCAAUUAUGAUUACUACUAAUUCUAAAUAUAUUAAUUUAUAUGAAUUCAAAGAUGGAUAAAUUUAAUUAAUUUAAACACUUUAAGGACAUAAAGAUGAUGUUAGGACACUAUAUUUUAUGAAGAAUUCAAAUUAAUUCAUAUCCGGAAGCGAUGAUAAUAAUAUAAUUAUAUGGGAAAUUAAGUAUAAUUAAUGGUAGAUUUAAUAAUAACUUAAUGGACAUACAAGUUCGAUUGUUCAUAUAAUAAUGAAUAAUAAAGAAGAUCUUAUUAUAUCUGCCAGUGAAGAUGGAACUAUUAAAUUUUGGGAGAAAUAACAUAAUUAAUGGAAACUAACUUAAACAAUAUCUGAUUUUUAUAUUGUAUUUAGUUUAAGUUUGAAUGAAUCUCAAAAUUAAUUAAUAUCUUCUAAUGAUAAAUCAAUAAUAGUGAUGAAAUAAUAAGGAAAUGAUAAAAAAUGGGUUUAAAUCUAAAAAAUUGAAUUAGAAAAUAAAGGUUUUCGACUAAGUUUUAGUGGUGAUAAUCAAUUUACAUUUUAACCUAUAAGUGGUUAAUAUAUGAAUUUAUAUGAAUGGAAUAACUUGACUAAAUAAUAUGUAAAAAUUAAAGAUAUUCUAGUAUAAUCAGGUGAUAAUUAUUAUGAUUAUUGGUUAUUUCCUUAACAAUUUAUAAUGGAGAAAUCUAUCUUAAUUAAUAAAUUUGGUAGUGUUGUAAAUGUGAUUAAAAAGAAUUAAAAUGGAGAAUUUAUUAAUUUAUAAUCAAUUCUAUUUUAAGAUAAUCUAUUAUAUGGAUCAGCAACUGAUAAUGGAGAUUAUUUAGUUACUUGGGAUUAUAAAAGCAAAGAAAUAUAAAUUAGAAUAUAUGUUGAAAAAUGA